AUCGUGAUUUACGAGCAACAAACUGGCUGCCAUUGUGAGUUGCAUGUUUCCUUCCAGUACCGUACUCUACAUUUUGAGGUUUUGAAACAUGACAAAGUUUUAAGUACUGGGAACAAUGGAAACUGCGUGCUCCCCUUUCAGAGUAUUUUUGAAGAGGGAUUAUUUUUGUAAAGUGCAUUGUAAGAAUAGUCUUUAGUGUAUGAAACUGCAGUUUUACCUCUUUUUUAACAUGGGUGUGAAGGAAGAUCAGAGAUAUGUUUGAGAACAGAGUGCUGAGAAGAAUAUAUGGAGCUAAGAGAAAAGAGGUGCUGCUGUGGUCUGUCGUUCACUUUCCACCAUGGUGGCCUUGAUGUUGACAGCUACAAGGCAGUGGAAAAUCAACAGUGGAUGCCAUCCACCCACACACAACCAUUGCCUACUGAUGCUUGUGGUACAAUUGAGUUUCAAGGUGAACCAUACACAAGCAAGGCACAGUACGUGCGUCUGGCAUAUGAUACAAGACCGGAACUCAUUAUGCAGCUCUUCAUCAGGGAGUGGAAAUUGGAGCUACCAAAACUUGUCAUCACAGUGCAGGGUGGCAAAGACGACUUUCUUCUGCAAUCUAAGCUUAAGAAAGUUUUGCGCAAGGGCCUGCUCAGGGUUGCAAAAUCCACUGAAGCAUGGAUCUUCACUGAUGGUACAAAUAAAGNCAGCAUUGGCAUAGCUCCUUGGGGAAUAAUUGAGAACAACCAGCAACUUUGUGGACUUGACCGUGAAGUUCCAUAUCAUUCAGUGCCUUCACUCAGGUCUAACUAUGCAGUUCUGAAUAAUCAUCAUGCCUAUUUCUUACUGGCUGACAAUGGAACUUCAGGAAGGUAUGGAGCCGAGCUCAUCUUGAGAAGAGAGCUAGAGAAAUACAUAUCUACUCAGAAAUUGCAUUUAGGUGGUAACAAUAAUACUCCAAUGGUAUGUCUCAUGAUAGGUGGCGGCCCUGACACCAUUAGAGUAAUAUUAGGGUAUGUGAUGGACAUUCCUCCUGUCCCAGUAGUGGUGUGUGAUGGAUCAGGGCGUGCAGCAGACCUUUUGGCCUAUACACUCAAUUGUGAGCAGACUCUCAUGGAAAGUAUGGAGGAUUACUUAAUCAGCAUCAUCCAGGGUACAUUUGAAGUAGAUAUGGAACAAGCCAAAUGUCUUUGCUCUGAACUUCUUCAGUGCACUAAGAAAAAGAACCUGUUCACCACAUUCCGUAUCACUGAUCAACCAAAGGAGAUAUCUCAAAAACUUGAUCAGACAAUCCUUAAGGUUGCGCUUAAGAGUCAGCAUUUGUCUCCAUGUGAACAACUGAGUCAUGCUCUUGCAUGGAAUCAAGUGGAUAUUGCACGUUCUGAUAUAUUUAUUCAUGGGCAAGAAUGGCCUCCAGGGGCUCUAGAAGAGGCCAUGAUGCAAGCCCUCAAACUUGAUCGUGUUGAUUUUGUUAAAUUAUUACUGGAGAAUGGAAUUAUUAUGAGGAAAUUCCUUUCUAUACCUCGUCUUGAAGAGUUGUACAAUACAACAGAAGGACCUUCAAACACACUGGGCUACAUUCUGAAAGAUAUUCGACGGCAUACUCCUGGACGUUACACUCUGCACGACAUUGGAUUGGUCAUCAACAAAUUGAUGGGCAGAGCUUACAAGUCACAUUACACACAGCGCAGAUUUGGGCUCAUCUAUAAAGAAGUGAUGAAGAAAUCUCCACACGUUCCUGGAACCAGAUCAUACUUCAACCACUGCUGUGGAAACACCAACAUGCCAUUGAAUUCACCAUCAGAAAGAUACCAAAUAGAAACAGCUGUAUUUGAUUAUCCAUUCAAUGAACUAUUUAUAUGGGCAGUAUUGACCAAGAGGCAGAAAAUGGCUUUGCUCAUGUUGCAACAUGGUGCAGAAGCCCUAGUUAAGGCUCUGGUCGCCUGCAAGCUGUAUAAUGCUAUGGCUCGUGAAGCAGCUGAGGAUGACUUGGAGACAAAUAUAUAUGAAGACCUAAGGAAUUAUGGAACAGAGUUUGAAAACAUUGCUCUGGAGCUGCUGGACUUUUGCUACCAGAAGGAUCAUGAUCAGGCAGCACAGCUGUUGACGUGUGAGUUAGAGAACUGGAGUGGAGAAACGUGCUUGAAUCUGGCAGUAGCAGCCAAUCACAAGGCUCUACUUGCUCACCCCUGCAGUCAAAUCAUACUUGGUGACCUCUGGAUGGGUGGUUUAUGCAGUUCCAAAUGUAUAAAUCUGAAGGUGAUCCUGGGAUUGUUGUGUCCAUUCUACAUUACAACACUGGAAUUUAAAUCAAAGGAAGAAUUGCAACUCAUGCCCCAGACUGAAGAGGAACACAUUAAUCUCAUUGAAGAAAAUAAGAGCACAGAGGGGCAACACGCAGACAUUCAUUGUAAUGUGGGUACAGAUGCUGAGAUUGUGAAUUCUCAAGAGAACUAUGGAAUGAGGAACACAGUUGUUCAGAGAAAUGAAGAUGUAACUAAACAUGAUGACAUAAAACAGAAUUUUCGUUUUCCUCCAAAUUAUUUUGAAGUGAAAUACAAUCAACUCCUGAGCCCGAGAAAGAAACUGUAUGAGUUUUAUACUGCACCAAUAACAAAGUUUUGGGCACAUGCAAUUGGAUAUUUGGUCUUCUUGUAUACUUUCACAUACAUGUUGCUGACGAAGAUUGAAAUGAAACCUACUUGGCAGGGCUUGUACACUAUUGUUUGUAUAUGUGCAUUUGCCUGCGAGAAAAUAAGGGCGAUUAUAUCCUCAGAACCAGUUAAUAUCAGGCACAAACUCUUAGUAUGGGCAUGGGACAUUUGGAAUCCUUGUGAUGCUGCUGCCAUAAUAUUCUUCUUCAUAGGAUUAUGCCUGCGUUUUUAUCAAUCCUCAAUUAGAAUCGGUCGCCUUAUUUUCUCUGUCAGUAGUAUCUACUGGUAUCUUCGUAUUCUGAAAUUUAUGGUGGUAAACAAAGUGCUUGGCCCACUUAUCACAAUUAUAAGAAAAAUGCUGCAGAGCUUGAAACAUGUCAUUGUUAUUCUCCUUGUGGUAGUGGUGAGUUGUGGUGUAUCUACCCAUGCAAUUCAACACCCAGAUGAAGAACUAAGUUGGUCUCUUGUUCUUGACGUCUUCAUGACGCCUUACUUGAUGUUGUUUGGUGAAAUACCUGAAGAGAGUGUUAGCCCUGUAUGUGGUGAUGACCCUCAUAUGAAGAAGUGUGAGGCAGGUGUCUGGGUUGUUGUUACUGAAAUAGGAGUGUUCCUUCUUGUGGCCAGCAUUCUACUCGUCAAUUUGAUUAUAGCAAACUUCAACAACAUUUUCAAUGAAAUAAGAGCCAUUUCACAUCAAGUUUGGAUGUUCCAGCGUUUUGCAGUUAUAAAGGAGUAUAAACAAACACCUGUACUUCCUGCACCACUAAUUGUCCUGUGCCAUAUAUAUUUGUUUCUUAAAUAUUGCUACUGUAAAGUGCGUGGCAUCCGAGAAUUGCAUGACAAUGCAUUGAAACUAUUUUUGGACUGUGAUGGCUUGGAAAGACUACGUGAUUUUGAAGAAGAGUGCAUGGAGGGUUACUUCCAAAAGCAAGAAAGAAAAUUUAUUUUUCCAAAUGAUGAGUGCGUCAGGAACAUAGCUAAGAGAGUAGAAAAGAUAUAUCAGAAAGUAGAAGAUAUUAAGCAGAAAGAAAGCAAUCCAACUUUAGCUAUUCAAGGAGCUAAGUUUAGGAUCAGAAAACUAGAGGACCUUGCCAAUAAAACGUUGUCAAACUUGGCAGUUAUCAAUCAGGGUAUGGCAACUAAUGUACACGUUCCUUAGUCCAUGUCAGACUUACCAGAUGUUGCAUUGCAUUACAUUGCCGUCUCCUCAACUUUCGCUACUCCAUUCACUAACAUGUGCUCAGCUCAGGCUGAUAACCAUUCUCGGAAACUGCAGUCGCGUUGCGGUUGCCAGUUUCCUUGGUGUGCCCUCGCCCUAGUAGUUUGAAGUACCAAAUGAAGACUAUUUCAACGUGAUAACCCUAUGGGCCUUCACGGCCUGGUACAGGGAUAGCUUUACUUUUACUUUACUGCUUGUGAAAUAGCAGAUAUGACGACGACGGCUGUUAUAUUAACUGUGACAUUAAAAUUAACGAUAUCCGCUUCCAUAUACAGUCACAGGAAAACCUAAGCGAAUCACUGAAACCAGAAAAAUGACUACUAUUGUCUGUAAUCUUUUGACGCCUCAGAAUAAAAAGUAUGGAGGACAUAAUAGUGCAAAACUGGCCUGAUCUCAAUGUUUUUCUCGUCAAUUUUUUACACAGCAUGUGAAAUAUUCCAUGUCUUAGUUAUGCAAUGCCAGAACAGAUGACGUUACAAGAAAAUAACCCUGUACAGGAUAGCACAGACUGAAAUGUGUGGACACCAAAACUCAAUUCCCUGUCAGUGUGAGAAAGGGGAACUGGACUAAAGGCUGUGUAGGUAUCUGCCGAUACAACGUCCAUAAGAAAGGAUACGAGACUUCUCAUGCUACGAGUAGGCAGUACUGUUUAAGAAAUGCAUUAUGACAUUCUGCUUUGCCAGUACAAGAUGAUUCAACGUUAACAAAAAAUACAUAAGUAACAAAAUGAAACUGGCAUUGGAGCAAGUCUUCUCCGAGUACUUUAGUUUCCCCUGCCAAGUCUCACUGC